AGGAGGAGAGCGAAGGAGCCUGCCGCCGCCGCCGCUGCUGCUGCUGCUGCUGCUGGAUGUGGACCUGUCUGCGGAGCGCCGUGGACCGCGUACGUGGGCUCUUUUUUCCCCCCUACGGGACUGUUCGGACUUCUUCUCGUUCCAGCAAGAUGCUGCGCUAAUGAGCACCCAUCAGCCUUUAGAUGAGUGAGGCACAACAAAGAAACCUGAACAUCAGCAGCCCACAGUAACAGUGGAAUAUUGGCAGAUACUCAGGAGGGACCUCGGAGACGCACAUUUUCCACUAUGAACCGCGCCUUCAACAGGAAAAAAGAUAAAUCAUGGAUGCACACCCCGGAGGCACUGGCCAAGCAUUACAUACCCUACAAUGUCAAGUUCCUUGGAAACACAGAGGUUGAAGCCCCAAAAGGCACAGAGGUUGUAAAGGAUGCAGUCAGAAAGCUAAAGUUUCAGAGACAUAUCAAGAAGUCAGAGGGACAGAAGACCCCCAAAGUAGAAUUGCAGAUCUCCAUUUACGGCGUGAAGAUACUAGAUCUAAAGACAAAAGAUGUACAGCAUAACUGUCAGUUACACAGGAUAUCCUUCUGUGCAGACGACAAAACAGAUAAAAGGAUAUUUACUUUUAUCUGCAAAGACUCGGAGUCCAACAAACACCUCUGCUAUGUGUUUGACAGUGAAAAGUGUGCAGAAGAGAUAACUCUAACCAUCGGUCAGGCCUUCGACUUGGCCUACAAGAAGUUCCUGGAGUCCGGAGGUAAAGACGUGGAAACCAGGAAACAGAUUGGGAGCCUUCAGAAAAGAAUUCAAGAACUGGAAACAGAAAACUCGGAGCUCAAGCAGCAGCUUCAAGAUCUUGAAGAACAGCUGAUGAUAGCUCAUGUCCCACCACCGCUGCACAUUAACGCAGCUAAUGAAGCGUACAUGCUGCAGAGGCCCUCCUCUCUCUUCUGGUGUCACAGCAUCAAGUCGCUCUCCUGUCUGGAAAUCUCCUCUGUCACGCUCACUCCUAUGAGCUCGCCGGAGUCCAACUUGUCCGCCGGGCUACUAACUCCUCCGCCUGCCAAACCCGCUCUCCUUCCUCCUAAGCCUACCGAGGGAUGCAGCAUCCCACGGCCUCGCGCAGGGAGUAUCUCCACGAAGCUACAGUCUACAGAUGUUUUCGACAUGGUUCCCUUCUCCCCUGUGACACCGCUGGUCCCCACACUGUCCAGCAACGGCUGUCCACCACCCCCACCGACCACAUUACCACCAGAUAUAAGGAAAGACCUGUUUGGCGCUGAGCCGUUUGAUCCGUUCACCUGCGGGGCAGCUGACUUCCCUCCAGAUAUUCAGUCAAAGCUGGAUGAGAUGCAGGAGGGGUUCAAAAUGGGACUAACCUUAGAGGGCACCAUCUUCUCUCUGGACCCGCUAGACAGCCGCUGCUGAUGCCAAGAAGAUGCUCUUUGUCCCGUACUUUAAACUCGUUUGUAUGAAGAAGUGCCAAAAUCCACUCCACGGUUGAGUCAAGAUGUCACAGUUUUCAUCUUGAGGUUUAUAUGCAUUUGCAUUUAGAUUAGAUUGGUUUUUCGAUAUUUCAAGGUAAACUCAGAUCCAUUGUAGAAAAGAACUAUUUUUGUAACAAAAAACAAACAUAUGGAAGGAGUAGUUUUGAGGUCCUUUGCUUGUACAGGCAAUGAGAGAUGUAAAUAGUUGAAUAUGUCCAAUGGUACACAGAAUUUUCCGAGACAGUUUGUGUGUAUAUGUACCAGAUGAAUUCUGUAUUGUUAACACAUUCCUGUGUAUGCCACAAGCUGGAGAAGAAAAAAAAUGGAAUCUGUAUCAUUAACACAGCUUGUCCAUAACAUCACAUAGCUUAUUUUACUCAGCAUUCAUUCACACAUUAUGUAGUUAAUUAAUCCAGUCAGACUAUUUUUUUUAUAAUUACUGACUUUUCCACCUUUUGUUUUUGACAAUGACUUCUUGUUGUUUGUUGUUUUUUUUUUAUUCACAGGGUUGAAUUUCCAUUUCAGUAUUUACGUGCCAUAUUUUUGUCAUCAUUGUAGUCUCCUCUUUUCUUGCACCAGAAGGCACUUUUGUUGGACAGCCUCUGUCCUAUAUACAGUACUAUUCCCUUUAUUUUCCUUUUUGGUUGCAUUGACUUUGCUGUUACAGUUAUUAAAGAUAAUUUUAAUGCAAAAAAA